AUGGCUACCGUCACUGAGACUCUGUUGUCUACCAUCACGACGACCGCCACUGUUGCUGCGGCGACGGCUACCGGUCCGGCUGCCCAGGGUGGUAUCCUGGAAGGUGUCUUGCCCAACACAGUCAGCAAAUCAGAUCCGAUCAAGCUAUUCAUCAUACAGGCUGGCAUUAUCAUCAUCUUUACCCGUCUCCUCCACUACCCGCUGUCCCUUCUCGGUCAGCCUCGCGUCAUCGCCGAGGUCAUCGGCGGCAUCUUGCUUGGUCCAUCCGUGUUGAUGCGCAUACCCAACUUCCAACAAGACAUCUUCCCUGACGCAUCCCUGCCAGUGUUAAGCAAUGUGGCCAACCUAGGACUUAUUCUCUUCCUCUUCCUCAUCGGCCUCGAGGUUGAUAUUCGCAUGUUCACCACCAACUGGCGUGUUGCCCUCAGCGUGGGACUGGCCGGUAUGAUACUGCCCUUCGGCCUUGGAGUCGCCAUCGCUUGGGGUCUGUUCAACGAGUUUCACAACGAUGGUAGCACCAAGGACAUCAACUUUGGCAUAUACGCCCUUUUCAUUGGCACCGCCCUGGCCAUCACGGCAUUUCCUGUGCUCUGCCGCAUCUUGUCCGAGCUCAACAUGCUCGGUACGCCCGUAGGUGUGACCGUCCUGGCUGCUGGUGUGGGCAAUGACGUCGUCGGCUGGAUCCUGCUGGCGCUCUGUGUCGCCCUGGUCAACAACGGCUCUGGGUUGACCGCUCUCUGGGUACUGCUGGUCGCAGUAGCCUGGGUGCUCUUCCUUGUCUUUGCAGUAAAACCCGCCUUCCACUGGGCCCUGCGGAGGUCUGGCAGCAUCCAGAGGGGUCCCACCCAGGGCAUGAUCGCACUGACACUCUUGCUCGUCCUAACCUCGGCCUGGUUCACAAGUAUCAUUGGUGUGCAUGCCAUCUUCGGCGCUUUCCUAGUGGGUCUGAUUUGCCCGCACGACGGGGGCUUCGCAAUUCAGGUAACGGAGAAAAUUGAGGAUCUGGUGACAGUCCUUUUCUUGCCGCUGUACUUUGCCCUCUCUGGUUUAAGCACAAACCUUGGCUUGCUAAAUGAUGGUCUGACGUGGGGUUAUGUUGUCGGCGUUAUCGUCGUCGCCUUCGCCGGCAAGAUCAUUGGUGGCACCUUGGCCGCAAAGUCGAUGAAGCUUGUGUGGAGAGAAAGCUUGACCAUCGGUGUGCUAAUGAGUUGCAAAGGCUUGGUGGAGCUUAUUGUUCUUAAUAUCGGCCUGCAAGCCAAGAUUCUGUCACAAAAGACCUUCACGAUUUUCGUGGUCAUGGCUCUAGUCACUACGGUUGCCACCACCCCUCUCACAAAGGCGCUGUAUCCUCCGUGGUACCAGAAGAAGCUCGAUCAGUGGAAGCGGGGUGAGAUCGACUGGGAUGGGAAGCCUAUCGAAACCGAGUCGACGAGACAAUCCGAGUCCGUGGGGAAGAUGCAGAGCGCCGACAUCCGCCGGCUUCUGGUAUAUCUCCGUCUCGAUAGUCUGCCGAGCCUCUUCACCUUUAUCUCUCUCCUAGGCGAGGAAAAUGCAGCACCUUUGACUAACACACGCAACUCGACUCCUGAUCAUGAUGACGAGCAUGUUGCGCAGCGGCCAGCUAUCAAGAAGCGGCCUCUCGAGGUUCACGCUCUGCGUAUCCUCGAACUCACCGAGCGUACAUCGUCUGUCAUGAAGGUCACAGAGGGUGAAGACUAUUCUCGGCGGGACCCUGUUGUCAAUGCCGUGAGGACUUUCUCUCAGUUGCACGACGUAGCUGUCUCAGGCAGCGUUGUCGUCGCCCCUGAGGAUUCCUACGCUCAGACGGUCGUCACACAGGCUUCGGACCAGGCGUCCGACUUCGUACUCAUUCCGUGGAGUGAGGUUGGUAGCAACACAGAAGAUCAAUCUAUUCCGUUUAGAGUCUCUUCCGAGGAUCGCUUCAGGGGAAAAUCUCACCUUGACUUCAUUCAAGCCACCCUCUCUAAAGCCGUCUGCAACACGGGCAUCUUCAUCGGCAAUGGCUUUAGCGGCAUUUCACCUAUCGACGAGGCACCGCAAGGAUUCUCUCGCACCGUCAGCACCGUUUCCAUGUUCAGUCAGAGAGAGACUGCACUUCCACCCAUUGCCGACAAGUCGCACCAUGUCUUCCUGCCCUUCAUUGGCGGAGUCGACGACCGCGUGGCUCUGCGCUUCGUCCUCCAGCUGGCCAAGAACCCUCACAUCACCACUACAAUUGCGCAUAUGAGCUGGGCUAACGCGGACGACGAGAUCACAACCGUCCAUGAGAGCGCCCUGGAAGACACCAAUGUAGCAACCACAUCGGCAAAGGCCGUCAUCAACACCGAAAUCACCGCCCAGGAUACAUCUCUCCUGGCAACCCUCCGAUCCGGACUCGCUCCUGAGCUGGCCCGACGCGUGAAAUUCACCGAAGUCGAGGUCUCGACAAGCUCGGUGCUCUCGCGGGUAACCGAGCUGGCUUCCGAGACUGUCGGCCAGAGCCCCCGAAACGCUGGCGAUAUCAUCAUCGUGGGACGGAGGCACCCACGAUUGCCGGCUGCGUCCCGCACCCAGGACCAGACGAGCACCAUCCAUGACAUGCAGAAGGCCGUGGGCGUCCUCGGUGUGAAGAUGGCCAUGGGUAGCCUGAAGUGUAGCGUGCUUGUUGUCCAGGCGGCGGGCAAGGGGCUGGAGUCAUGA